UUUUGGUUGGACUCUGCAGGAAGAUGUACUUAGCAUGUAAUACUCAGGCUACCUACGACUCUACCAAAGGCCUCAUUGUCUGGUAGAAGAAAGCGAUAGUAGCACAGUGGAGGCAGACGGAUUUUUCAUUAACGACCAUGGUGCAGUUUGGAACUCCCGUAAAUUUUGCUCGGCGACCCUCUUUCAGUAUAAGUCGGGUGCUUGGUGAAGAUUUGAAUGACGAAAGCGAUGAUAUGGCGAUGAAUGAGCACGAUGACUCCUCAGAAAAUCUAGACAUUCAGGCAGACGAUUCUUGCAAUGUGGAUGUGGAAUCUUUAGAAUCGGAGAUGCAAAACUCUGAAUAUUAUGAAAAGGUGUUUCCUAAAAACUGUGAUCUACCACCUUCCAGUCCCGAAACCAAAGACAAUGACAUUGGAAACGAUGACGGCGACGAUUCUGAUCGCAACAACAACAAAGACUCGCAACAGUCGAACGACAGCAAGAAGUCGGAGAAGCCUCCAUUCAGUUACAAUGCUCUCAUAAUGAUGGCCAUCAGGAGCAGUGCCGAGAAAAGACUGACCUUGAAUGGGAUAUACGAGUUCAUCAUGAAGAACUUCCCUUACUACAAAGACAACAAACAAGGCUGGCAGAACUCCAUCCGACACAACCUCAGUUUGAACAAGUGCUUUGUUAAGGUCCCCCGUCACUACGAUGACCCUGGGAAGGGGAACUAUUGGAUGCUGGACCCCUCAUGUGAUGAUGUAUUUAUCGGCGGAACCACUGGAAAACUCCGGCGGAGAUCCACGACAGCGUCAAGGAGCCGCCUGGCGGCCUUGAAGAGGGCCGGAUUUGCAGGGUACCAAUCCCCCGUUUAUCCGUACUUUGGCCACACCGGCAAACCCGGGUCCUACAUUUGGCCAUUCCCAUCUUUGUUUCAUCUUGGGUCUGCAAGUCCUGUUUCCACGUCCGGUUCCUUAAGGUAUUCCGGAUUUCCAAUGUAUCCGUACAGAGGAUUGCUGUCUCCAUCUUCGUCACUUCCGGCCAAUUCCUCUCCUAGUCCGCGGACCACCAAUUUUUCUGUUGACAGACUGCUGGGUUUGGACAUUAAUUCACAACAACAAGUGAAUAAAUCCAACAGUUCUUUCCUUCAAUGGCCACCCCAAGCCGCCAUGUCGUUCUCACAAAUGGACCAGUCCUCUCCCAACAACCGGGGCCUUGAUUUGAGUGUGUUUAAGGGGUUUCACGGACUUCCGGUCUCGCCCGUGUCAGCGUUUACCUCCCCUGAUGUGAUGACGCAGAGUUCCCUAACAACACGUGGACUUUUACCCACCCUCAGUAGAAACAAUUUAGGUGAAACUAGAACAACCUGACUAAAGUUUUCCCACAGAACUCAAACUAUAGUGCUCUAAGAUGUGCAAUAAAACAGAACAGUUGACCACUAAGUGGACACAUGAAGAUCCACUGUCAGAUCAAGUAAUAAGGCAACAGUCGUAAGAAUUAUACACUGUUUAUUUUUUGCAAUAUACCUUAUGAUUUAUUAAAAGUAUUAGAAAUAAA